UGGUUUAAAAUCGUCCUAUUGAUGGUUUCCUAAAAGGGGAUCUCGCUUCAGAACAAAAGCGGUCUCAUAAUUGGGUGAUAUCUCGGAUGGUGUGUCCUUCUGGAGUUUGGUUUUACGCGCAGUUGUUGUCAUUGGGGAAAAAAAUGUUUUUGAAUCUGACGAUACUGAAGAUUUUGGCUUCCCAGACGUCUUGGAGAGACUUGCGCAGUCUCAGAAUUUGAUUUUUUUUUUCCCCCUUCUUCAAUGCGAACGGGAGUUUAGUUUUUCCGCAUGAAACUGAUGAUGAGCAAAGCAAUUUCAUGACAGGAAUAGAUGGAUGCCAAUUAUUCUUCUGACGAUAGAAGUUUCCAGCUUGGACCAGAGUUUGGUUUUCCGCACGACGGUCACUUCUUAAAAACCGAGAUCGUUGAUGAUGAUUCUAUGAUCGAAACGUGAUUUAUGAUUUUUCCGGAGUGCCACGUGUUGAGUUUAUUUGGAGGACUUUCAUAGCUCGUUGGGUUUGGUUUGACAUCCGCCUCAACAGUCCGUGCGACGAUUGCGAUGGGCCUUUCGCCGAGACCCCUUGACCGAUGAGUCAGGAUGCCCGCGGGGCCCAACCCGUCCUCGUGCCUCCCCCUAAACUGCAGCUGGGACGAGAGCCGUAACGCCACCCCUGCGAACCGCGACUUGGACCUUCCCCCGCUCAACUACUACAGCCUGCCUCUCCUGACGUUCAUCACCGCGGCGUGCACGCUGCUCUCCGUGGUGGGCGUGGCCGGCAACGUCAUGACCAUCCUGGUGGUGGGCAAAUACCGCGACAUGCGCACCACCACCAACCUGUACCUCUGCAGCAUGGCCGUGUCGGACCUGCUCAUCUUCCUGUGCAUGCCGCUCGACCUCUACCGCAUGUGGCGCUACCGGCCGUGGCGCCUCGGCGACGCGCUCUGCAAGCUCUUCCAGUUCGUGUCCGAGUCGAGCACGUACUCGACCAUCCUGAGCAUCACGGCGCUCUCCGUGGAGCGCUACGUGGCCAUCUGCUUCCCGCUGCGGGCCAAGGCUCUGGUGACCAAGCGGCGAGUGCGCGCGCUCAUCCUGCUGCUGUGGUGCGUGGCCGUGCUGAGCGCGGGGCCCGUCUUCGUCAUGGUGGGCGUGGAGCGGGACUACCCGGGCUUCGACGCCAACGACACUCUUCGGAUGGACGAGGAGGAGGAGGAGUACGGGGACACGCGGGAGUGCAAGAUGACGCGCUACGCCGUGGAGUCGGGCCUGAUGGGCGCCAUGGUGUGGCUGAGCUCCGUGUUCUUCUUCAUGCCCGUCUUCUGCCUCACGGUGCUCUACAGCCUCAUUGGCCGCCGCCUGUGGCGGAGGCAUCGGGAGACCAACAUCAGCUCGUGCGUGGCGCACCGCGACAAGUGCAACAGGCAGACCGUCAAGAUGCUGGUGGUGGUGGUUCUGGCCUUCGUCCUGUGCUGGCUGCCCUUCCACGUGUGCCGCUACCUGCAGUUCCGCUCGCUGGACGCGCCGUCCCCGCUCUUGUCCGCCCUGUCCGAGCACUGCAGCUUGCUGUCGGUGGUUCUUUUCUACCUGAGCGCCGCCAUCAACCCCAUCCUCUACAACACCAUGUCCUGGAAGUACCGCGGGGCGGCAGCGCGCCUCUUCGGCCUCGCCGGACAGCAGCUACCUCGGACCCGCACCGCCAGCGCGCUGAAGGCCGUGGCGGACGGCUGGAUGGAAUCCAGCGUCAGCUUCUAAAGCCUUGUGCGCUUCCGGUCAAGCGGGGCGGGUAGGGAGGGGGCUAAAGUACGGCCAGCGGGACGCUACUGUACUCUCUGAAAACUGCUGGGUCAAAAGGAAGCCACAUUGGGUGAAAUCGUGAACCCGAUUGCUGGGUCCGAAAAAGGGGCUGCGGUCAUACGACCUAUCAUAAUGAGUUAAAGCAACCAAAAAAUGGCUUUCCGGCUUAUUCGUAUACUGUAGCUGUGCCAACUUUAUUGCCAAUUAUUUCUAAGAGGAAGAAGAAGCAGCAACUUUCCCCAGUCAGGGUUUGCCGCAGCAACUCGUGGAUGGUGCUGAUACCAGCCACGAUACUUAGGGCAAAAAAAUAAAAAUAAAAAUACAAUCUGACGUAGAGUAAGUCCUCCACGGCAGUAGUUGGCGCUAUACUGCCGACAUUUCACACAUCGGCGAAUUGUCACCUGCAUUAGCAAGAAAGGUCUUUGUUCACAAUUUUGGGGCAAUUUGACUGUAUCGGGUAUCGGCGAGGACUCAAAAUGUGAAUUUGUGUCAUGGUAUCCAUCUGAAGAAAAAAAAAAGUGUUAUUGAACAUCCUGGCAGAAUUAAACUGACUUCAAUUUGAGUACACGGAAAUGGCAACCAGCUUCAGCUCCUCAGCCCGUCCAAAUGCGGCCUCCAACCCAAUUUGCCGGGCUUGAAAUUGAUUAGCCCAACCUUGAGUAAAAAUCACCAAAUCUGCUUCGAAAUCCACAGCUACCCUGAGAGUGAAUUAGGACAACAAGCCAGCAUUUUUGAGUGUGUACCGUCCACCGACCAUUGACCAGUUUUUUUUUUAUUUUGAAAUCCGCUUUUGUUUUAAUUUCUCAUGAAAUGAUCAUUGUAAAUAAGACAAACAAAAAAAAAAAUACAAGAUUACAUAUACAAUUAAUCCAUUCGAUGGAUUCUCUGAAAGCACUUGUCCUCACUGGGGUCAUGGGUGAGCUGGAGGUGCAAGCGGUGAUACCGAUUUCACGCGUGGCCUGUUCAUGACGAACCUUGCUGGCAUUAUUUAACGUACAGUUUUUCUUUUCUGCAUUCUGGAUGACAACAAAAGCACUGUAGAACCCGUAACCGGAAUUUGUGGUGUGUUCUUUUAAAAUAGCGGCACCGUAUGCCUGUAAUGUGCAAUGGAACCUUGAAAGUCGCAGGGACGGACGGGUAGAGUGUACCCAUUACAUUAGGAGGGCUCUGUUCUUUCAGGGAUCUCUAACGUCAAUAUGUCAACAUUACACCUCCAGUGACCUCCAGUUCGUUAGCAUUUGUAAAAGAAUUUUUUUUUCUAUCGCAACUCAAAACAUAAAUUCAGCAGCGCCAGUGUCUAACUGUGGUCGUCCUCAAACCUAGAAAGUGAACACAACAACGCUUUAAGUGACAUUUCAAAUUAUUAACUGUCCAUACAGGG